AUGAACAGCCGUCAAAGUGACAUGAUACCCUCGACGAGUGCAUCCAUGCCUGGCGCGGAUAAUGUGAAGGAACAUCAAAUUAGUCCAGGUGCCUCUGCUCAAAAGGUUUCGGAAGUUUUCUUGACUGCUGGACAAGCUUUUCAGAAGUUGGGCGGACUUAUUGCAAAUUUGCAUAAUUCAAAAAAUGGAGUUGAGAGGAAGUGGACAAGUUCGGAUACCAAUAGUUUGCAUGAUGCAGUUUCACGUUUUGCAAGCGAUUUGCAGCGUAUAAGUGAAACAGUCCAAGGAAGAGAGGUACAACUUAUGAAGGAUGAUAUAAUUAAAAGACCUGCAACUAGCCAUUAUACCAAAGCGGUUCCUCCACGAACAAAUGGUGCUACUGCGAGGCCUACUGCUACCGCAAGGUCCUUGGUAAAACGUACAAGCAGUGUUUCCCAUCCUUCAAUGGAUGCCAAUUUCAAACGCCGUAUCAUCAACGCGAAUCCCAGUGGUAUUACAAUAUCGAGCAAUACACGUUAUGCAAAUGUUGCUCAUGUACAAUCACUCAACAUGAAUCCAUCGGCUAUAUCACGAAUUAAAAAUAAUGGACCAUUGAAUAUAGUACCCUCAGCUCUUACGGCAGUUACUGUUCAGUCUAGUAUACCCUCAGUUGUGCUGCCUCCAGAACCCAAGAUGCAUAACAGUGGACUGAAAAAUUUUGAUGGUGGUGUUUUCAACGUUUAA